GUAGAGGACCCAAAACAAUAAGGGUAAUUAUGUAAAGUCCUACGCCUUCCGUCUAAGAAACCCUAAUUUCGCUUAUCAUAAUUCCUCUCAAUCCCUUUCCCACUCAGAUAUACUCGAAAGCACGCGCCGUCGCCGAAGCACAAGGAGGAGAAGGAGAAAGGAUCGGAGGCGCGGGAACAAUGGCAACAGGAAAAACUGUGAAGGAUGUCUCUCCACACGAGUUCGUCAAGGCCUACGCUGCCCAUCUCAAGCGCUCCGGCAAGAUUGAGCUGCCUCCGUGGACAGACAUCGUCAAGACUGGCAAACUCAAGGAACUUGCCCCAUACGACCCUGACUGGUACUACAUCAGAGCCGCUUCCAUGGCGAGGAAAGUGUACCUGAGAGGAGGUCUUGGGGUUGGUGCCUUCCGAAGGAUCUACGGAGGAAGCAAGAGGAACGGAAGCCGUCCACCUCAUUUCUGCAAGAGCAGCGGUGGUGUUGCUCGUCACAUCCUUCAGCAACUCCAGACCAUGAACAUUGUCGACCUUGACACUAAAGGAGGGAGGAAGAUCACAUCAAGUGGGCAGAGGGAUCUUGACCAAGUCGCAGGAAGGAUCGCAGCGGCCAUCUGAAUCCAAAUCGCAAUUAAGGUUUAUGUUUGAGAUGAUAUAAGUCAUGGAAUGAGUUGCAUUUGAAACCAGUAGUGGAGUUGCUUGUCAUUUUUGUUUUGAUGAGUUUCUUCUCUUUUAUUCUCAGUGACUUAUGGCUAUACAUCUUUGACCUUUGUCUUGUGUUUAUGGUUUUGCUACUCUUGUAUUCUCAGCGUCCUGUGGCUAUGUAUAACUUUUGCUAGUUUGCUUAGGUUUUUGUUGUGAUACGUUUUCAAUUUUUGACCUGGGUUUCUCUUAAAAAUCGAUUCCCAUUUGCACUCUCACACCCUUGUCUGUGCUAGAGAUUUUAGUCCCGAAUAAUUAUGUAUGUAAUACUACUUGUUAAACCGGAAAAUGUAAUAGUAUGC